GAACCACAUAGGAAUCAAUUCCAGGAGCCAGGUUUGAGACGGGGGUCCGGGCUGGGCCGUGCCAGAACCGAAGCAGUGCCAUGAAAAAGACCAAGGUCUCUCCCUCCAGGAGGGUGUACAUCCAGAACAUCUACCGAUGCUACACCUCUGAGGGGAGCACAAUGCCUGCCUCCGCCCUCCUCAGGUUCCUCCACAUAGAACAGAUGGAGAAGGCAGCAAGUCAAGAAACAGCGGAGGGCUUGAUUGACAGAUACGAAAUUGACCAAACAGCCAGGGCAAGCAGGACCAUGACAUUCGACGGCUUCUACAGGUACAUGGAGUCUAAAGACUGUCACGUAUUCGACCAGACGCACGCGUCCGUGUACCAAGACAUGGAGCAGCCUCUGUGCCACUACUACAUCUCCUCCUCCCAUAACACCUACCUCACCGGGAACCAGCUGGUGGGCAGGAGCACCCAGGACUCCUACGUCAGUGCUCUGAGGAGGGCCUGUCGCUGUCUGGAGAUUGACUGCUGGGAUGGUCCCGGCGGAGAGCCUAUUGUCUAUCACGGCCACACUCUGACAAGCAAAAUCUUCUUCAAAGACAUUAUCCUUAGCAUUGAGCAGCAUGCGUUCGAGGUGUCUCCAUACCCGGUGAUCCUGUCCCUGGAGAACCACUGCACCCAUGGCCAGCAGGAGGUCAUUGCCCAGCACCUCAUCUCUAUCCUGGGGGACAAACUGCUGGUCAGCGGCCUGGUCCAUAACACUCAGCCUGGACAACUACCUAGCCCUGAGGACAAGGCUGUGGUGGUGGCUGAGAAGCUAUCAAAUCUGGUGGUCUACACUAAGUCUGUGAAGUUCCACAACUUCGCGCACUCCAGGGAGCACCAGCGGUACUUUGAGAACACUUCCCUUGGGGAGAAGAAGGCUCGCAAGCUGGCCAAGGCCUCAGCGUUAGAGUUCCUCCAGCACAAUAUGAUGUUCAUCACCAGGAUCUACCCAGCAGGUUCUAGAACCCUAUCUUCAAACUACAAUCCUCAGGAGUUCUGGAAUGUUGGCUCACAGCUUGUGGCUCUGAACUUCCAGUCCUUAGGCUUGCCCAUGGACCUGAACAAUGGGCUAUUCCAGGACAAUGGUGGAUGUGGUUAUGUCCUCAAACCUAAUUUCCUCCGGAUGGAUCUGGGCGUGUUUAAUCCCAACAGUUAUCGUUACAACCUGAAGCCUGCUCACCUCCUUCUGAAGGUUGUCAGUGGCUCUAACCUGCCUGCCUCGCGGAGUGGUAAGGCCUUGGAUCCCUUCAUCAGACUGGAGAUCCAUGGACCCAACUCAGACUGCACUAGCAGGGACACGGACACCGUGAGGCGCAAUUCUCUGAACCCUCAUUGGGACACAGCCAUGAACUUCACCAUCUCUGUCCCUGACCUCUGCCUCAUCCGCUUCUCUGCACGCUACCAGACCGGACUCACCUCAGAGUUCAUUGGACAGUACACCCUACCCCUUAUCAGCAUGAAGAAAGGGUACCGAUGGGUUCCUCUCCUGACUAGAGAGGGCUACAGCCUGGAUCCAGCUUCCCUCUUCGUCUUUGUCUGGUACUACUAGAACCUGUCUUGAACCUGGGUUUCUGCAGUAGAACCACGUGCCUGGUCCUUCAUCAGAACACCUGAGCCUGUAUAAAGGGUUCUUCCAGCAGGACAACAAACAACCGCUUGAGUACUGAAUGAUAAA